AUGUGGCCAAAUCAGACAUUAAAGCAGUCCUCAAUCCAACCACCAUUAUUAUCACCUCCUUCACAAGUCCAAUGCACAGCCAUCAAACCAUGCCUCAAAGUUUCUCGCAGGAACCUCGCAAUCUGCACCAACUCAUCUUUACUUCUACUCUUGGGCUCUCAGAUGCUGCUGGAGCCAUUGCAGCACUCAAGGGCCAGAGCUGAGGAAGAUGUUCCCCAAAAUGCAGAGCAAAUUGGCCCAGAAGAAGAGGGUUCGGAUUCGAAGAAACCCGUGGAUGUAUGCGGAGAUCAGACUGUGACUCAAAGGGCAUUUCUUGAUGUAUCCAUUGAUGGAGUUCCAGUUGGGAGAAUUGUGAUUGGGCUGUAUGGUGACAAAGUUCCAUUUGGUGCUGCCAGGCUUAGUGAUCUAAUAAGUGGAGCAGCAGGGAUUAGCUACAGGAGAAAGGAAUUUGUUAAGAUCACACCUAAUUAUGUUCAACAUGGUGGAGUCAGAUCUUAUGGGGUGGAUGCGGAGCUAGCAAGGGAGGCAGGAAGGAAUUUAGCAGCUGAUAGACUCAUGGGUGAAUGGGAGAAACAGUAUGAGAAUUGUCCAGGAACCAAGAAUGUGGCACAAAGUAUUGGAAUUGUUGUGAGGGAUCCAUCAAAACCACCUCCCAAGUUGAAAUUAGUUGCAAGAAAAGGGAAGCUUGAGGUUGAUCAAGAAGAGGUAGGAAAAGAUCCGAAUGGAACAGAGUUUGUCAUUUCUCUGAAAGAUUCACCUGAACUGGAUUCCUCCACUUUGGUGGUUGGAAAAGUGUUGGAAGGAUCCGAAGUUGUCGAAAAGAUCGGUCAGGUGAAGACUGUGCAAGAAAACACCAGUUCUCCAUAUUUCAGGGUAGCAAAGUUGAUAGGAGAUAAAAGGGCUGUUGUGGCAGAGAGAGGCUUUAACAGACCAUACUCCAAAGUGUUGAUUACCAAUUGUGGGCUAAUCAAAGACUGA